AUGUCCGAUACCCCGUCGACCUCGUCCGUCUUUCUUCCCGUCUGGCCGUCAAGGCGAACCGACGAGAAUCUCUGGCCCAACGGGUUAGUUUUUGUGUGUAUUAGAAGAAGAAGAAGAAGGAGAACUAGAUUGUGCGAUAAUCAUCUCUUUGUCUCUGACUACUACUUCUCUACCAAAGUUUUUCUCUAGGAAAUGUACCAAAAGUACGGUAUCUUUUUUUCAGAAGCGCCAAAUGCGACGAGCUCGUUCUGCACGACUACGGUCUCGAGGAGAUUCCGAUGCGCUAUCACGUCGAGCAACCGGACGAGGAUUACGAUCCGUUGAACGUCAAAAAAUUGGAUGUUACUCAAAAUUCGUUCGUCAUUCUACGCGGGCUUCAAACGUUUCGCAAUGUUCAAGUGCUCGACGUCUCCUUCAACUCGCUUUCCAGUUUGCCCGAAGAUCUCGGCUCUCUCACCGGUUUGACGUACGUUUUUUCUUUCGGAAAAAUUCAACGUUUCACUAAUAUUCAUUUUUUUUAGAACCCUCGUGGCGCGUAACAAUUUGCUCGAGCAUCUGCCAAAAUCGAUGCAAUUCCUCGAGAACAUGGAACACUUGUUCCUUUCCGGAAAUCGAUUCGACUACUUUCCGCCGGUCGUGAUGGCGAUGCGAAAGCUAAAGACGCUUCAUUUGGGUGCGAAUCGCAUCGACAACCUCCCGUACACCAUCAACACACUCGAAUCGUGAGUUUUCAAACAAAAAGUGAUGGAAAAGCGACCAAUUUUUACGAAUAAUUCAAAACACGUUUCGAUUUCCCGAUUCGUCCAAACCAAAAACGAAAGACCACUUUUCCAGACUGACCGUUCUGUACCUCGGCGGAAAUCGUCUCCGCGAGAUUCCCGCCUCGAUCGGCUGUUUGUAUCAGCUGGAAAACCUCGCACUUUGCGACAACGUACUCGAAACCAUUCCGUCGACUUUGGGCGAUUUGCACUAUUUGGAAACGCUUUCGCUUCACAACAACAAACUCAGAGUACGUUUUCCCGAGCAAAUUUCGGACAAAUUCCCCUGUUUCAGACGCUUCCAACCGAUAUUCUGAACCUCCGACGUCUUCAACAACUCUCGCUGCGCAACAAUCCGCUCGUCCACUCGUUCGUCCACAACAUCGACUUGUCGCCGCCGAGUUUGAAGGAAUUAUCGGGGCGAUCGGUCCGUCAAAACAUUCACGAGAUUCCAAAGUUCGAGGAGAUUCUGCCGACGUACGUGUACUCGUUCGAUCUCGAUCCGAUUGGUCUCGAUGAUCGGGGCGAACAAAUCAGAGAAAGAGUACGGUAGUGUUUUUUCAGUGACCUCGUGGCAUAUCUCAACUCGGCCUGCCAGUGCGUCAACCCCGAAUGCAAGGGCGUUUACUUUGACGCCCGCGUCGAACACGUAAAAUUUGUCGACUUUUGCGGAAAGUACCGAGUGCCGCUCAUGCAAUUCCUAUGGUAAUUCGCUCCACUCAAUAAAAACUGGAUGACAUUCCCAAAUUUCCAGCUCUCCUCGCUGCUCGGCCGGCGUUCCGGUGUCGGAUUACGAGACGUCGUCAGAGUCGGAAGAGGAAAUCGAGCCGAUCAUGAGAAGAGUUCUGCUCGGAUAA